AUGACAGAACCAGAGACGAGAUACCCAACCUUGGAGAAUAUGGCUCUCGCCAUCAUCACCUCGGCGAGAAAACUCAGGCCUUACUUCCAGUCGCAUACCAUCAAGGUGCUCUCCAACCAACCCCUUAGGACGGUGAUGCAAAACACCAACCAAUCAGGAAGGCUAACAAAAUGGGCAGUGGAACUAAGCGAGCACGACAUCGUGUACAAGAAUAGAACAGCAGCUAAGUCGCAAGUUCUUGCUGACUUUUUGUUCGAGCUAACACCGGAGUUAGAACAGGAUCUCGUGCUACCAAGUCUGAACUGGAUAUUGCACGUAGAUGGGUCAUCCACGAACAAAGGUUCGGGGGCAGGCGUACAGCUCCAAUCCCCGACAGGCAAACUAAUCCGGCAAUCGUUCAGUUUUGGCUUUGUCGCGUCCAACAACGAAGCCGAGUAUGAGUCUCUCAUCGCAGUCCUUCGUCUUGCAAAAGCAGUAAAGGCUAAACGAAUCAGCGCAUAUUGUGACUCCCAACUCGUAGUGAGUCAGUUUCUUGGAGAAUAUGACGUCAGAAAUGAGAGGAUGGAUGCCUACUUAACACUUGUCAAAGAUCUUACACGGGAUUUUGAGUUCUUCGAGCUCACAAAAGUUCCCCGCGGAGAGAACGUAUGCGCGGACGCCCUCGCAGCCCUCGGAAGUAAGCUACACGACCAGGUGAAAAGGAUAAUCCCGAUACACAGGAUCGAGAUGCCAAUCAUCAGCCCAGCGACAGAGCCGCUUGCCAUUGCAGCAUCUAUCACCGACGCCAUGAAUAUUGAACAGCUCAACGAUUGGCGAACGGAAUUCAUCGAAUACCUAUCCAACGGCGUAUUACCCACAGAAAAAUGGGAAGCACGACGACUCAAACAGCGCAGUGCACAUUACGUCGUCAUGGAUGGCGCACUUCAUCGAUGGACUGCAACAAAGGUACUCCUUAAAUGCAUUUUCGGAGACGAAACAAGACUAUUCAUGGCUGAAACACAUGAGGGGGCAGCAGAAAAUCAUUCGGGGGGACGAGCUCUCGCAUUAAAAGUGAAAAGCCUUGGUUUCUACUGGCCAACUAUGAACGCAGAUUGCGAGUACUAUGCCAAGAAAUAUGACAAGUGCCAGCGACACGCUUCAACCAUCCACAGUCCGACGGAGUUACUCCAUACCUUAACGGCGCCAUACCUCUUCAUGUGGUGGGGAAUGGAUAUCAUUGGACCAAUGCUGAGCUCUCGACAGAAAAGAUUCAUCCUGGUCUUAACAGAUUACUUCACCAAAUGGGUGGAAGCAGAAGCCUACGCCAGCAUCACCGACAAGGAAGUGCAGAAAUUUGUUUGGAAGAACAUCAUCUGCAGACACGGGUUCCCGUAUGAAAUAAUUACCGACAACGGAUCCCAGUUUAUCUCCCAUAACUUCAAGGAAUUCUGCGACAGAUGGAGAUUCGACUCAAUAUGUCCACACCGAGAAACCCGCAAAGCAACGGUCAGGCUGAGUCCACAAACAAAACAAUCAUCGACGGACUUAAAAACGACUAGACUUGAAGAAAGGAUGCUGGGCCGAAGAACUGGAUGGAGUCCUCUGGUCCCAUAG